AUGGACGCCUCGCAGCGAUCGUCCUCGCGCCCUCGUCCUUCGUCGCGCCCAACUACGCCAUUGCGGCCCAGCUCUCGCUCCUCGCUGCGCGAGGCCCAUGGCUAUGGAGGCAGUAUCGGCAACGCGGGGUACACACAACCCGCCAUCAACGCUUUAGAACCACAAUUCGCAGAGUUGGCUGAUUCCAUGGCUGAUCUGGAGGCCAAUUUCAUGCACCUGCAGAUCAUGCAUGAGAGUCUGACGCGAUUUAGCGAGAGCUUUGCCAGCUUUCUGUACGGUCUGAACAUGAACGCAUUCUGCGUUGACUUUCCAGAGGCCCCGAUUGCAGAUUCAUUCCGAAGAGCCAAACAGGCCGAGGAGCAGGACGAAGUGGACCCUGAACCUAUUCGAGCUGCCGAUGAUGGGGAGAUGACAUUCUUGACCACCGACACAUCGUUUGUUGAGCACCCCCCAAGUACCGUCUCUUCGAAGCCCACUCCGAGAUACAACAGUCGCGGUACAACUCGAGGUAUUGCUCGAGGGAGUACUCGAGGGACCUCCCGCGGCACAGUGUAUAGCCGAUAUGCGACGAGAGGCACUGCAAGUGCAAGUGGCCGUGCUCGACCCAGCGCUUUGCCCCGGGGCCGCGGGAUGAAAUGA